AUGGUGAAGGCUUCUCAGGUCAUCAGUGAUUGGGUCAAAGGCGCAUUAGAAUAAUAAUUUGGCUUGAAGAAGAUAUUGCCAGAAUAAAAAGUACUGAUGAAAACCGAAGAUUUUCAACAUAAAAAGGAUAAGAAAUACAGGAAAUAGAAUAUUUAAGAGAAAUUGGUAACUUGCUUCGGACCCAUUAACACCAGAUACCGUAAUACAACUAGAUAUAAAUAGUUCCUUGACAGGAAUCAAUAAUAAUAAUUUAAAUAUAAUGCAACCUCUUUCAUAUAUAUGAAAUAUACUAUCAAAAUAGGCAUCACACAAUUUUCAUUUGAAAUGGAAUUUGGGGUUGCUAAAAAUCGUUGCCAAUUAAUAGGAUAAAUUUGA